AAAAGUUCAUUUGCAGCGCGGAACAAGUUGAAUUCUAUACUGGAAUGGCAAUGGCAGAAAUAAUGUCCCCGGAAUUGUCUCAGGGACAAGGACCAGGAAAGCAGAACCAGCUCAAUGACUUAGAAUCAGAUUCGGACCAAGAGGAAGAUCAUGCUGCGACCACCGGGACUGGACCGGCUGUUGCUGGCUCUUUUCUCCGCGCGCAGGUCAUCCAUAGCGGACACUUUAUGGUGUCCUCCCCGCACAGCGACUGCACCCCGCGGAGACGGAAAAGCGGGGCUACGGUGCGAUAUGAUUUCGAUACCGUGAACAGGACUUGGUGUCAAACAUACAGAUUCGGUCCGCUAAGUUCUGGGAGCCUUAGCAUCGACCCAACGCUGACCCGGUUAUUUGAGUGUAUGUCACUGGCUUACAGUGGUAAAAUAGUCUCUCCGAAGUGGAAGUCUUUCAAAGGCCUGCGGCUGCUAUGGAGAGACAAAAUCCGUCUGAAUAAUGGAAUCUGGAGAGCUUGGUUCAUCCAGUACGUGGAGAAGAGGAAGAACCCUGUGUGUGGGUUCGUCACCCCACUGGAGGGCUCCGAGGCCGACGCCCAUCGCAAACCUGAAGCUAUAGUUCUAGAAGGCAGCUACUGGAAGCGUAGGAUCGAGGUAGUGAUCAAAGAAUACCACAAGUGGAGGAUCUACUACAAGAAGAGGCUUCAGAAAAACAAAGAUGGCCUUUUGUCAAUGCUACAGAAGGGUCAGAUCUGCAGGGCGGAGCUGGAGAAAUGGUCCAGUCAGAUGUACCAGGAGCCUGAGGUCAUGCCAGAGGAGGUCCACAUGUUUGACCUGGACUGCUUUCUGUCCGACAUCUCUGACACCCUGUUCACCAUGACCCAGAAGCCCUGCCCGUGGGCCAACGACCGGCACAACACGUACACCAGCAAUGCUGACAUGAUACAGCCAGGUCUCACCCCACUGCAGCCCAAUCUAGAUGACUUCAUGGAUAUCCCAGAUAUCUUUAUGAGCUACCGGGGCCAGUCAUUGGAGCAGGCUGCUUAUGCUGACUGUGGCUACUUUGAGAGCUCCUCCAGCGGGGCUUUCCCCUCCGUGUCCAGCCCUGUGGUCACCGUUCCACAGCUACACGUCGACACUCAACUAGCUCAGUCCAACCUCUCAUCUGGCAGCCUGUCUCAGCCCUCUUCAUCUAACUCUCUGUCAGGCCCUGGCUACCACAGACAACCCCUGACCUCUGAAAUUACCUUCAACCCCACUAACAACCCCAAGUUCAAAGGUCACCAACAACAGGAUUACCACAGCGAGUACCAUACACCCAGCAUGGUAUCAGGGGCCAUGCCCUCCUAUGGACACCAGGCUUACUCCGGCGCCGCCGUCUCCAUCGCAACCACCAACAUACAACAGCAGCCCGUCUCCCCAGGAGACGGAACCUUUUUGUAUCCGCCUCCCUGUCACAAGUACGGUUACCACGCCACCACUGCCAGCUCAGUGACCUCUACCGUCAUCACCCACACGGGAUCCACUAUGGGUGGCAGUAUUCUGGGAUCGGAUCCCCAGGGUCAUCACGGGUACUCCACCACGGGAGACAUGUACUCCCCAACAUCCUGCCUCUCUCAGGGGUACUCGUCCGUGGUCUCGGCCCCGGCCCUCCCCUCUGUCAGUGUACCACCUCACUGCUUCUCAGCCCCACAGCAGCCGGGUGUGGCGGGUGGUAGAAGGGGGAAGCACAAGCAGAAGACAGCAGUGGGGGUGCAGAUGGAGUCCCAUCUGUCCACCCCUCAGACGACUCCCCCCCAGACCAGCUUCCUGGCAAAACUACUGUCCUCCAACACCCAAGAACGCAAACCAACGCUGGGAUUCGAUGCAACUUCAGUAGCAACCAAAGGGCACAGGUCAACCUCUCCCAACUCUCCACAUUCGAGCAGCAGCAUGCGUAUCGGAGGAGUGUCUGGAUCUCAGCUGCAGCCUGGGUCUCCCUGGCCCUCAGGGAUCCCACUUCUUACACCAAUUCACUGCCAGACGUCCACCCACAGCCACGCCGGUCUAUACACUAGUACCUCCCACGGAUCUGCCGUCUCUGCUCUCCUCACCCAGGGCUCAACACACCCCAACAUACCUCUCCUCGUCCCCAAGACAGAAAAACUCUCCCCUGUACAGAUCUACGGUUCUGAGAGAACUAGUUUAACAGUGAGCUUCUCGGGUCACUCAGGGCAGAUGUCCCCAACCAACCUUCUAGAGAGGGCAUCCAACACUGAGUCUCCGCACUCCUUACCUGGACAUUCCAAAAUGGAGUCAAACAAGACAGAGACCCGGAGGAUAACUCACAUCUCUGCUGAGCAGAAGAGACGUUUCAACAUCAAGCUAGGCUUUGAUACUCUACACAGUCUCGUCACCACACUAAGCUCUCAGCCAAGUAUAAAGAUCAGCAAGGCCACAACGCUACAUAAGACAGUCGAGUACAUCAGUAAGAUGCAGCAGGAGAGAUCUCAGCUACAUGAGGAGGCUCAGAGACUCAGGGACGAAAUUCUGCUCCUCAACUCUGCCAUCAAUGUAUGCCAGCAGCAGCUGCCUGCCACCGGUGUGCCCAUUACCCGUCAACGCUUCGACCACAUGAGGGAGAAGUUCAGAGAGUACGUCCGGGCGCAGACACUACAGAACUGGAAGUUUUGGAUCUUCAGCAUUAUCAUAGAGCCCUUGUUUGAGUCCUAUAACGGGAUGGUGUCCACAGCCAGUGUUGAGGAUCUUUGUCGCACCACUCUGUCCUGGCUGGACCAGCACUGCUCUCUGCCUGCCCUCAGACCCAUGGUCCUUAGUUCACUCCGUCUCCUGAGCACCUCCACGUCCAUCCUGACAGACCCCAGCCUGGUGCCAGAGCAGGCCACCCAGGCGGUCACCCAGGCUAAGGGCCUCCCCCACCCUCACCUCCCUGGUCAACUGCAGGACCACUGAGAGACCAUAGCCUGCUCCCCAAGCAAGCCACCCAGGUUGUCACCCAGGGCCUCCCCCACCCUACCCAUCCCCAGGACCACUCCCCCUCCACGUGGCCCAUUAACAGGGAAAACACACAGCCUAUGUGACCCUAUGGAACAUUAUAGUACCCUGUAACACACAGCCUAUGUGACCCUAUGGAACAUUAUAGUACCCUGUAACACACAGCCUAUGUGACCCUAUGGAACAUUAUAGUACCCUGUAACACACAGCCUAUGUGACCCUAUGGAACAUUAUAGUACCCUGUAACACAAAAGCCCAGUGACCCUAUGGAACAUUUUGAAUACCGUAGAUUGAAAACCAAAUGGUGCCAAUGGAUCACAGAGCUGAACCCACUUUCAAGCACACAUACAGUAGGUAUGGUACGGUUUAGUGCCCAAAAUAACUAUAUGAUUCUUGGAGGGACCAGAACAUUUCUAUCCUUUACAAAAGGGAUUAUGUAUAUAAGGAGGACUGGAGGUUCAGCAUGGAGGGACUUAAUCCCAGACCAACACCCACCACCUCACCAUUUCCUGAUGAACCAAUGUACUCGAAUAAGCACAAAACAUUCCAAAGCUAUAAUCUUAGUUAUAUUCUUAGCUAUAACCUUUCUGUAAGGUUACCUCGUAUAAUGCACUUUUAUGGGUGAUUUUAUAGUGCUGAAAUAAUUUUGAAGUGACAAUUUUUGUGUUCUGUUGUCCCAAUAAAAUUCAAAAUGAGGGAAGAGAAAUUGAACGGGGGUGCUUUUCAAUCCACAUAGGCUACUGUAUCUGUGAGUAACUAUAAUUAUAUCCUGUAGUUAUAUCAUUUUGAAAUGACAUCUGAUAACACAGCUGCCAAAGGUAUUUAACUAGUCUGUGCUAAUUGUCUCUCAGGUUAUGAUUGUAUUGUAUAUUGGAAGUAUGGUCAUACCCAAUAAUAGACCAGUAAUCCCCUGCUUAAUAAAACCGUCUUGAAGGCAAA